AUGUCCAAAACUAGAAAUUACGGAGAUGAAACUAAAUCAAUAAUAUCUGAAAUAAGAAACCAAAUUCAUCUAUCCUUCAGAAAAAACAGAUUCUAAAUUAAAGCACUUAGGAUGAAUGAUUCUGAAAUUUAGUCAAAUCUGCUUUGUAUGAGAUCGAAUAGACGAAGUAGCAUAAAAAACUCUUCUACAUUAAGUUAGUAUUCAAUUUAAAAGAAGCAAAAAGGAAAUUGACUCUUUAGCCUUUAAAAACCAACCUUUUAGGAUCUGCAAACUUAGAACAGCGCUUAAGAAAAGACAACAAAGAGAAGUUAAUGAAGAUGAAAAAAAUGUGA